AUGUCUGCAGCUGCUGUCGUCUCCCAGCUACGAGGACUUUUGGAAAAAGCCAACUUGUUGAUACCCAAAGUAUCGAAAAUUUACCCUAAUGAGGAGCAAUGGGAAGCUCUUGGCGACAUAAGCAAGAGUCUUACAACAACUGCGACCAGAAUGGAAAACAAGAUUCGAGAGUCAAAAGAAUCGCGUGCAGAAAGAGCAUGGAAAGAAAGUGAAAAGCUUCGGUCUCAUGCUUUGGCAUGUAAAGGGGAGCUAUUGACUAACGGCCGGUUGAAGCAACCACCAGUGUUCAGGCGAAAUAUUAUCACUAUAUUCGAAGGCCCGAAAGACUCCAAAUUCGACUCCGAGGACGUCAAAGUCCGAAAAGCCUUGACCCGACAAAGAUGUGAGCAGAUUCGACAACUCAGUCCCAGCGGUGUGAUUUCAUGGGCAAUGGCCUACGCGCCAAGUCUUUGGGCGGCAGGCUCGAUGUCAAUGGAGAUCUUUACCUGUCUUCUUGACGACAUCGAACCUAACCAACGUCCGCCAUGGCCAUCGAUCGUUGGGGAAACUUUACACAUGCUCUUAGACGAUGAAGAGUUUUUGUCGGCAUCGUUAGAAUACCGUGAAUUUCUGAAAGGUCCUUCAACCACAAUAGUUACCUUUUAUGGAGCAGAUAUUGAUUCCUUCUGCAGCAUAUGA